GUUUAAUUUAAAAAAAUAUAAAUAAAAUUAACCACACCUUUCCGCACGAAAUUAGUGUUUAAUCAAACUAGAUUGACUGGAUAGUUCUCUCACAUGGUCUUGAACUGCUACUCAUCUGGUGCAAAGACAAACUAAAGUCGUUACAUAGAGCACCGUGACUGAAUAGAUUAAUAUUCGAUUGUACAUGUCUAGGCAAAGAAACGUAUAUUGCAGAAAAAAUUGCUAAAAAUUAUUUAUAUACAUCACAAUGUACCAGACAAGUGUGUUGAUUUCUUUACUGCUGUCGCUUAUAGUCCAUCAAAGCUCAACACAAGGUAAGUCAAGUAUCAGACGACAUUCAGUUCACAUUAAUUUCAAUUCAGACGCAAUUUUUUUUAUUUUAUGUUCCCGUCAUGGUAUUUUGAAUAAUUUAUUUCCAAAUAUGUGGCAUGCCAAUGUCAAGAAAGUUCAGAGUGAUAGCUAAUGGCUCUAGCCCUUACUGUUAUGUUUUUUGACGUUAGUGCAGCUUAAACAUAUUUUAGUAGCUAACUUACUAAGUUAAGUAACUAAGUAGUAGCAAGGUUAAGCCGCAUUAACUCAUUAAGCCUAAUAAAAAAUAUUCUUCGUAAGUGCUGGAAAAGGGAAAAUUCUUGCCGGUAACAGGUAAUUACUAAAAUGCUUCCUUUAUGGCUAUUUGGAGGCCUACACAAGAUUACUUACACCAUCAUUGUAUGUUACAGUUACAGUAGUUAGGCACUUUGAUUAAAAUUUCAAAACUGAGUUACACAUACAGUAUGAUACAGUAUCAGUAUCAUUGAAUCAUACUGAAUCAUAGUCACCGUGAAUUUAGGUCUUUUAAUAUUUAAGUUUACAGCCAACAGUGACGCAUGCCUACAUUGACUUUGACAGUAUAGAACUCUUAAGUAUAGGCCUAUUUCAAAUACUAUAACUAUAAUCAAAUACUAUAACUAUUAUAAUUGUAGACGUAGGCUAAUAGUAAUAUUCAAUAAAAGUAAGUGACUUAGGGCAAGGAACAUCAAUUGACAUCAGACAUCUACUGGGGGAGGGGUGUUGGCAUAAAAAUAACUUUUCUAAAUUGAAUUACUAUAUACCUAUGACUAUGCUGUAUGAUUGUAUGCGUUAAUUACAAUUAACCCAAUUUACUCAAAAUUUCCCUGUGUUAGUAAAUAUUUCAUUUAAGUUUUAGGCCUAUAGUAACUAAAGUAUGCGCUUAAUCUAAAUUAAUAUAUGACCAAAGUCAAAAUACUAGUUAUAAAUAAUGUAGGCCUUAUUGACAUACUGAUUUGUAAAAAUUAUGGAAUGAUGUAAGAUAUCUCAUGCUAGAAACACGAUGCAUGUGCAAAACUAAUGGAUAUAAUCAGAAAAAUAAGUCAUAAGUGAUUACAACUUAAUACAAAUAAAACCAUGUUCUGCUUUAGAGAGACGCUGUGAUGUCCCAGCCGAUGUUGUGUUUCUUAUGGAUGCAUCGGACAGCAUUAAGGAUACAGAAUGGGAACAGGAGAAGAACUUUGUAUCUGUGCUGAUAGACAACUUGGAGGUGGAGAGAUAUGCCAUCCAUGUAGGCGUUAUUGUCUACAGCACAGAUAUAGGAAUGGUAAUGCAGGAUAUUGUCAAUUUAAAUUUAUGAGACUUGAUAUUUUUAAAGCCUUACAAUUUUACACCUGCUUCACUGAUAUAAAAUCAACAUUCAUUUGUUAAUACAAAACAGUAUAAUUUUUGUCUGUACUCCCCAAAUGUUAAAAGUACCGGGUAAUGUGAUUUGAAAUGUUCAAAUGAGGAGUUAAUGUAUUCUUACGCAUACUAUUGGAUAGUUCCACUCAAAAUUUGUUUUAUUUAAUUUUAAAAAGAAAGAUGCUAAAUAUUAAAUCUCAAAAGACUUUUCACAAUGGGCUUAAAAAUAAAACUAUUUUAAUUUUCAGGUGAUUGACUUGCAACCUUUCAAAACAAAAGCACAACUCAAGUCACUACUUCAGCAAGCUGUUCAGAUCAACCAGGGUAUGUCAUUUUUUAUUAAAGGAUUUAACCAUGGCUUUGAACCUUCAAACCAUCUUUUAUUUUAGCAUUAGGUGGCAGUUGUAUGAAAGUCUUGACUAAUGCCAAGAUGCUUAGUCAAUGAUAAAUGGCAUGCAUAAGCCAUACAUUUUUUUUUAUGAAUUGGAUUUGAUAUAUUGCGCCACAAAUUAUUUUUUAGUUAGUUGGGAAUUCUAAAAAUUUAACAUUGUCUCCUAAAGGUAGCAAGGGUGCCUUAUUGUAAUAAUUAAAUGUCUCAUAAUACAAUAGAAAAAACUUCCUUACAUAUAUAUUUAUUUCAAAUAAUGGCCUUAAAACCUAUAAUAAAAUGGUAUUUAAAGUCUAGAUGGUCGUUUUUUAUUUAAAAAUCUUAACAUAACUAAUCCAAGAAAUUCAAUACUAGAGGUUUGCUUGUAGGAGCAUUAUCCUUAUUUCAGUCUUAUAUUAAAUAAUAAAAAGAUUUCACACGCUCAAAUGCUCACAUCCUUGUUUGUAAUUUGAUAUAUAUUAUUUAAAAAUGGCAAGAUUGGGAAAGGCAAGGAUAUGUACUGAUUUCUUCUUUUACAGGAACUGACACGGCCAAAGCGAUAUCCAAGCUUAUCGAAAUGUCUGACAGUCAGGGGCGUAUAGAAGGAGAUGCUAAACAGAUAGCUGUCAUCAUUACAGACGGUAGAUCCACCGAUGUCUCGGCAACCAUCCGGGUAAGUUGGAUAUUUUCUUGUUUGGCAUUAAUGGAUCCAGGUAGUAACUACUAUGAGUAUAUUAGUUGUUGGAGACAACCAUCAGUGUAUGCUUGCUAGUUGCUGACUUACUUGCCUGAAGUGGAUUCAUAUUUUUUUUGUUUUUGUUGCUGGCAUUCAUCUGUCACUAUGCGACGAUGGUGAGGACGAAAUCCACAAUGCCUGGGAUUAUUCUUCUAGGAAUAUAAGCUGAUUCCCAACAGCAAAUCGCAUUUCUCCGCGCCGUUGGCUAACCCAAGGUAACAUGUGGAUGAUACACCUUGGCACCAGUGGCAUCGCAGUUGUUGUUGGAAUGUUUCAUUGUACCAAUGUAAUCCGCCUACAGGACUCCAUCUCUGGGUUUGAAGUCAGAGUUUCCUUCUGAGAUGAGUUGCCAUCCAAGGUUAACGAGUCCCAUCAACCCGGGGUGCUGGUGAUGUUUUUGCUUGACUGGGCUUUGGUGGGGAUUGAACUCCAGACCAUCAACUUGAGAUUUGUAUCAUAACAGCAAAUAAUUGGGGAUCAUAAGACAAUGUUAAUUGGAUCCCUUUAGUAUGGUAAUUUUUCAACCACCUAAAAUUUAAAUACAUAUUAAAAUAAAUCAGAUGAAAUCAUUAGAAAAAAUAGAUUUAUGUUUGUGUGAUCAGAACAAAACGUUAAACUGAUUUAUUAGUAAAUGUGCUGUGUGAUUCUUACGUAGUGUAGCAUCAUUAAAUUGUGGGUCAUUUCAUGUGCCAGAGCAAUGACUAUGGUUAUGCUUGAGUACUGUUAGAAGAUCCAUAAAAACCUUUUCUUCAUCUUAAAAAUUUUUGUUUUUUCAAUACAAGUAUGAAAUUUCUAACCUCCAUUCAAAACACUUCUAAUUUAUUAUAAAUAUUUAGGAAGCAAGAAGAGCUAGAAGCCAGUACAAAAUUGACAUGAUAGCCCUGGGAGUGGGCAAUGAAACAUUUGCAGAGGAGCUGGAGGCCAUUGCCGGGGUUGAGAAAAACAAUAGGCUUUUCCAGGUCCAGAACUUUGCACAGCUGCACUAUGUUAUCAAACAGCUGGAGGACAUUAUUUGUGAAAGUAAUAAUAUAAGAGAUAAUGUUUGAGUUGUGUGAGUCAGCAAGGGAUGUUUGAAAAGUUUCUUGUGUUGGCAUGAAAAAGGGGUUAUUUAUUGCCGGAGCACCAUGUAUUUGUAAAAUGGAUACAAAAAUUCAAAGUUGUAUAGGAUGCAUGGAAGGAUUUAUAAAUACUAAAUAAGAUAAAAAGCUUUUCAUUCAGAAUGUUAUAAAAUUUGUGGAUAGGCAAAAAGAAGUUAAACAAGGUGAGGGAUGCAAUACAAAAAAUCUCACCCAUUUUGUAAUUUGAAGACAACUGGUAAAAAUACUUAAAACUAUUUCUUAUUUUGUGUUAGUUGUACCGACUUCCACAACUACAAUAGCCACCAGUCCCAUCACCACCACAACAGCGGAGCCAACAACCAGCCCAUUCAUUCCACGUAAGUAAUUUAAUCAUGCUAGUUAUACCACCCUGGAAAUUAGCUGACACCAGAACUUAUUUGUGCACCUUAAGGGUAUUACAAACAAAAUAAUUUCAUUAAAUUGGUCAAUGCGAAAGUACAUUAAGUUCAAAGUUGUUUUGGCUCACAAAUUAACUAUCUAUCAAAACAUGAAAUUAAAAUAAUUUUCUAAUCCUUGGUAUUAAGUUUUAAUUAAGAAAUUCCCAUAUACUAACAUCAUACACCACAUUAAAAAAUCAAUUAUUGUAUAAUAUUGAAUAGGUGAACUUUGCUCCAACAAAUAACAUUAUUUAAUAACCUACACAGUGUAUUUAUAAUUUUAAAAUAAAUUUUUCUGACAUGCUUUAAAUUUCCUGUCUUUGAAUUUCAGCAUUUCCUUGUUCCAGACCUGCCGAUGUUGUGUUUUUAAUUGAUGGAUCUUACAGUAUCACAGCAGCUGACUGGAUUAAAGGGAAACAAUUUGUCUCGUACCUAAUCAAUAGUAUCGACAUCGGCAUUGAUUCAAUUCAUGUGGGCAUCAUUGUGUACGGGUCAUCAAUUGGUGAUGUUGUAUCGCUGACUCCAUUCAGAUGUAAGAUUUUUUCAUUUGAUUUACACUUAACUUACUGGGUAAUUUAGAUUGCUUUGGGCUUUUAUUUUGAAAAAGGUAAUUCUUCAAUUUCAUAAAAAUGGACAAUCAACGCCUAAGAUUGGUGUCAAUCUUUUAACUCUGUUUGACUAUUGAAUUUUGCUGCAAUUCAAGUGGCUUCCUGUUGUUUACAGAUGCAUUCUGCCAGAUUUUGGCUUCUUUGUUUUGGGAUUCUGUGGGAUUAAUCUAGGCUUAUUACGAUCUCUUUUAUUUUUUUAAUAAAGCCCAUAAAUAUUAACAAUGAAAUUGUUGAAAACUUAUUAAAAGGAAAGUUCAAUACAUUUUUAUAAAACCUUACACAUGUGUAUUCCAUUACUGUAUUUGUGAUUUUUUUAAAUUUCACUUUUUCAUGCAGUACCAGUAGUCAUGGAUUAUCUGAGCCUUUUUUUUUUGCAAAGAUUUUUAUUUUUAUUUUUUUACAAUAAAGAAAAUUUGCACAAUGUGUAUGUCUCUGUUAUCCUGUCAUGUUUUGUAACCCUGUGCUCUACCAGUCAAAAGAUUGAUUGGGUUAAAUGACUGUACCUAAAUGAGUCAUUAGCUUUCAUUCUCAUACAAAUUUUUUUUAAAAGGCCUAAUUUUAAUAUUUCUUAAAUUUUAAAAAUCAGGAAGAAACUGUCUGACACAUCACAGAAAAUGUUUUUAAAACAAAUGAAUGACUUUAGAUUGUUUCAAAUGAAGUAUGUAUAUUUUAUUUUUUUAGCUAAAGCUCAGCUGAAGCAAGCUGCCUCAGAUUUGAUCCAGCCCCCAGUGGGAAGGACAAAUACUGCCUUAGGACUACAGACAGUGCGAGAUAUGUUUGACACACAGGCUCGUAUUGGAGUCCCUCACAUAGCUAUUGUGAUCACUGAUGGGAUGAGUUCAAAUCCUUCAGAGACAAGAGACCAGGCCAGCAGGGCCAAACUUGGGGUAAGAAUCACAUUUUUACCCUCAUAUUUUCCAAGUGAGCAAACCCUACAGAUUAUCCCCAAUACAACAGAUCCUAGAGAUCAUCCCCAUUCAUCAGAACCAUGAGAUCAUCCCCAAUACAACAGAGCCUAGAGAUCAUACCCAAUACAACAGAGCCUAGAGAUCAUACCCAAUACAACAGAGCCUAGAGAUCAACCCCAUUACAACAGAGCAUAGGUAGAGAUCAUCCCCAUUCGUCAGAUCCAUGAGAUCAUCCCCAUUACAACAGAGCCUAGAGAUCAUACCCAAUACAACAGAGCCCAGAUAUCAUCCCCAAUACAGCAGAGCCCAGAGAUCAUCCCCAUUCAUCAGAUCAAUGAAAUCAUCCCCCAUACAACAGAGCCUAGAGAUCAUCCCCAAUACAACAGAGCCUAGAGAUCAUCCCCAUUCAUCAGAUCCAUGAGAUCAUCCCCAAUACAACAGAGCCUAGAGAUCAUCCCCAAUACAACAAAGCCUAGAGAUCAUCCCCAAUACAACAGAGCCUAAAGAUCAUCCCCAAUACAACAGAGCCUAGAGAUCAUCCCCAUUCAUCAGAUCCAUGAGAUCAUCCCCAAUACAACAGAGCCUAGAGAUUCAUUCCUAAAUAAUUAGCUCUGAAGAUUUAUAUAAUGGCUGAAAGAGCAACAUUUUUAAAUAGAAUCAUUUAGGAAAUAUUGAUUUUUAAAUAUUUUUAAUGGAGGGGUAUUGAAUGAAUUUAUAGAUCUACAUUUAACAUUUUCAAAGUACAGAUAUUGUUUGCCAAGAUUUGGAGAUCACUGGUUUAAAUAACACAUCAAAUAAAAAACCAAUAGAAUCAUAAAAAAAACAACUUUUUGUUGAAAGAUUGCUUAAAAUUUAAAAUUAAGACAUCUUAACAGAUUUCAUUCAGAGAUUGGCAUUUCAAGUUAGUAUUAUAAGAAACAACUUUAAGGGUUGCAUGUAAUUUUAUUAUUAUAAAUCAAAUAAUCUGUUCUUUAUUUUAGGGUGUUACUUUGUUUGUGGUUGGUGUUGGAAACAGGGUGCUUAGACAGGAAGUGGAAGAUAUGGCCAGCUCUCUGCAGACUUUGUUUGAUGCUCCAGAUUUCAAAUAUUUGGUUGGUAUGGUGGAACUACUGCGAGACAAUAUCUGUUCAGGUAGGAACUUUUCUUUUUAUAUUUCCAUUGACAGUAGAACCCUCUCAAUCCCAAGAACUAAAACUAAGACCAUCGGUGAACGCUCCUUCUGCUUCCAUGGGCCCACGUUCUGGAACCAGCUCCCCUUCCAUAUACGUCAUAGUGAAACCUCGUCCAUUUUCAAAAAGUCCCUUAAAACUCAUCUGUUUAGGUCCGCCUAUGACCUGUGAUGCACCCUCCUUGCCCUACCUCAUUUUCUGUUUCGGGUUGAUCCUGAAGUGUCAAAGUGUCCUCGUUUUAUAGCCAUUUUCAUUGUUUCUAUAGAAUAGUAGUUACUAUCCUAGUGUCUCAUUUUUAUUUUACUUAGUUCACAUGUUUUAAUAAUUGUAAAGCGCUUAGAGCUUUAUGAUAAGCGCUAUAUAAAAAUGCCUAAAUAAAUAAAUAAAUAUUUAAAAAAUUGAAGUCUGCACUAGUUUUAAGCCCCACGCCAUUGAAACUUCUGAAGAAUAUUUGGAAGCAAUAUAACUGUUAAAAAUAUAUCCACACAAUGUGAUAACAAUUUUUAAAAAAUAAUUAUAUAACUGCAAGUUUUAUUUUAAUAAUUAAUUUUGUUUUGCAAUUUUAAAAUUUUAUUAGAAAUUUAUUUUGCAGCCAUUCAGGAAACCACCACCACAUCUUCAUCAAGCACAACAACAACAACAGCAAGGAUGACUACAAGACCUCCAGUUCCAGGUGUGCACUAAAUGAGUUUAAAAACAGGAAAGCAAAAGCGCCUUCACUUGGCAUUGAAGAAAAAAUUUCAUUCCAGUCUCAUUUACUCUUCAAGAAAGUAACACCAUGGAUCAGUUAUAAAUUAUUUAAAACCCACAAUUUUAUGAUUAAAUUCAAAUAAUCUUGGGGGGAAAAAAUGUUACGCAUGGUUGUAUAUUCCAUUCUUGCUGUAUAUAAAGUAACUGACAUACUUUUAGUUUCCAGUGAUCUCAUAAUGUAUGUCUUCCUAAAGAGAAAGAAUAAUGUAUGUAAAUUAGCAAUUUUCCUGUUAAUUUUUCUAGUUUUGAUAUUUAACACUUCUCAUGCAAUGAAAAUAACUGAAAAAUAAAAUUUGACAGGAUAAAGGUCACUACUAAAUGAGUUAUUAGAUCAACAUUUAAUAAAUAGUGAGCCAAAACAGUUCAACUAAGAUAGACUGAGCUGAUUUUAUAAGACUCAUUAAUGAACAAGAAGUGGGAACCAAAGAAUAUUCUAAUCAUGUCAUCUCCACUAACAGAACUUUGCCUUCAGUGUUUGGUAGAAGGCGGAGUCGGAUUCAAUCCUCUACCAGAGGAUUGUGAGAAGUAUGUGCUCUGCUUUCCAGUUGGCCCGACCUAUGAACCACACAUAAAGUCCUGCCCGUUUGGGAUGUUCUGGAGCAAUGAAUCUGUGUCAUGUCUUGAUGCCAGAUAUGUGGACUGUCCUUGGGGUAAGCAGUUUACUUACUGGACACAUCCUCUUAUUUUUGUUGUUAUCCCCAUCAGGUUUUUAAAGUCAGGCAUUUCUAAUUGAAGUUGUAAAAAUUCAUCAAGCCAAGUUUGACAUAAUUAUAAUAUUCAUUUAACCCAUUCUUAUUAAUACAACUUUUGGAAGAGAAUUUGUUUUUUUAAAUUUUUAUUGUUAAAUUAUCCUUUUAUCCUUAAAUGAUUUCAUGUGCUGGAGUCAAGAAUAGUAAAAUCAUGUCUGUCUCAUAAAGGUCUUAAUUAUUUUAUUUGCUUUUUUUAAGUUCUAAUGUUAAAGUAAUUCAAUAAAUUUGCUAAAUUUAGUUUUAAAAUUAUUGAUACAGUGGUUGUGUCUUGAUGCCCUAGUUAAUACCUGGCUCUGAAAUUGAGCUAUUGUGAAAAUACCUGCAAAAUUCCCAGUCCAUAAAAUAGGAAUGUAAAGCAUUUGAUGAUUCAUUGUAAUUCUUUUUUUUUUUGUUUUUAAACCCAAUGCAGCAGCAUUUGAUAUGUUGUAUUCACAUCGAUUUGGUCAUUUAUUAAAGAAAACUAUAUUACCAUUAGUGGUACAAUUGUUGGACACCAAAAUUAGGCUCUCAAUGAUAUUAGUUUGUACAGUUCAAUGCACAUUUUGAAAUCUUAGAACUGUGUGCAAUAGUGCAAAGCAAAAUCAACAUGGAUUGAUAGGUCGCUAAACUUUCUAACGGCAAGCAGUUAUUUACAAAACCAUUAUUUCAAAAAUUUGUUUUUAAAUUUAAUUCUCGGUCUUUGAUGCCCAUUUCUGAUCAAUGGUUUCUGCCCCCUCUUCUUUACUCCCACUUUCAACACCUACCCCCAUCCCCCAUUAAAAAUCCCACCAAAAACAACUGAUAUUAAUAUUCCUAGUCUUAAAACUGUUUUGGGAAUUCAUGAUAGUGGAAUGAUGGAAUAAAUCUUUGUGAAUGAUCCAUGUGAAAAUUAAUUACAAUUACUAGUCAGGUAUUGAUCUGCCUGCUGUUUCAUAAGAAGAAGAAUGUUUGAUUCAACAAACAUAUUUUAAAAAAAUGAAAUUAAAUUUUUUUAGACAAAUGUGCUGGCCCGCAGAAAUUUGAAACUUAUUCCUCUACUACGGACACUGCAAAUUGUAGAAGUUACAUGCGCUGCGUUAAUGGACGUUCAACUCCCACUUGCUGUGAAACAGGCUACAGAUACAAAGAUGGGGCCGGAUGUGUGGCAGACACUCAGUGCCAGGAUGUGUGCCCAUUGGAUGUUACCAUUUUUAAUCAGGGUAAAAUAAAUGUGUCCUUAUAACCGUGUCUUAAACUAGUCUUGAAUUAGUAUGUAAGGAUAGUGAAAAUCAGUAAAUUGAGGUAACAUAAUUAGCACAUACACAAGUGACACAAUUUUCAGCACAUACACAAGAGACAAACUGUGCGUCUAUCGAGCUUGUGUCAUCAGUACACUACUACACGGGAGCGUGACAUGGACCACCUAUACAUCCCAAGAGCGCAAGCUUAAUAGCUUCCAUGUGAGAUGCCUGCGUCGCAUCCUUGGUAUUAAAUGGCAAGAAAAAGUGACUAAUAGUGAGGUCCUAAUGCGUGUGAAUACCCAAAGCAUGUUCACAAUCCUUAGUGAAAGACGCCUGAGAUGGCUAGGUCAUGUUAAAAGAAUGAGUCCCGGCCGCAUUCCGAAAGACCUCCUAUAUGGUGAACUUGCUUCUGGAAAGAGGAAAACAGGUCGCCCACGUCUGCGAUUUAAAGAUGUCUGUCAAAGGGACAUGAAAGCAGCCAAAAUACAUACAAGUGACUGGGAGUGUAAGGCAAAAGACCGAUCUACGUGGCGCACAGUUGUCAAAGAGGGCGUCAUGGUAGCCGAGGAGCGAAGAAUGGAAGAGGCUGCAGACAGAAGAGCUAUGAGAAAGGCCAAAACAUUUAGAAGCACGGAACUCGUGUGUAAAAACUGUGGUAAAGACUGUCACUCAAGGAUAGGACUGCACAGCCACUCGAGAAAAUGCAACCCAACCCAACGGUGAUGCACCAUCGUCUCACGAGACGGAAGGAUGCCGAUACACAAGAGACACAAUUUUAUUAUUUACUACUUGGUUUUAUCAAUUUUCUAUGGUUAUAUUAUAUCUUUUACACAGUUUUGAACAUGGUUCUCCCUGAUAAACUUUUUUUUUUCAAUUGUGUCUUUGAUCUUUGAACACGCAACAUUGCAGCUAUUUUCUGUGCAAAAUGCUUGAAGUGAGUUUUGUGGUAUGUUUGCUUCUAAAGUGAGGUUGAGUACAAAUAGUCACAUUGUUGCGUACAGAAUGUUGUGUUUUGUUGUGCGGGGUGUGUAUUGUUAGCUUGGUUAAUAAAUAUUUUUUAUGUAUCUGAGACAGAUGUAUUGUCUAUAGACCAUCUCUGAGUACAGCUAUUCAUUAGGCAGCUGCUGUCUGGGCAUUGAAUGAGAAGGUUAUAUUAUCUUUCAGUAAGGAGCUGGGCUAUGUGUUUGAAUUAUUCUACAACCAGAUGAUAGAGAAGGUUUGAUGAUUAAAGUUCAAAUUGUCUUGAAAUAGGGCUUUUGUUCAGUUUUAAUCAGAUUACAGGGUAUGAACGAACUUGAAAUAAUAAACUCAUCAUUACGGACACGUCAAGUGGAGGCUGGCAUAUAUGAUAGCAUAAAAUACAAAUAGCCAUGACUGGUACAUUAGUGAAUAUUUGUUAUUUCUGAUUUGUCAGGUUCCUGUCGGUUUAGACCAGAUCAUGACAGUUACUACAGUUACCUCGAGGUGAUUCCAGGUAAAGGCAACGUAAAGAGGAACUGCGAUCCAGGACAGGUGUACAGCCCAGCUCUAUGUGCUUGUACCUAUGAUGUUGGAAAAGUCAUUCCCGAUGUUGGUAAGUUGUGGUUAUCAAUGUCUUUUGGAGACAGGAAAUAUGUCAAAACCUGUGGUAAUUUCACUUGGCUGGUUAUCAUUUUUAAUGUUGCCCUUGGCCUGGCCCACACAUCUGCCUUAUCAAACAUGAUUCAAUUUUUAAUUUAUUCAGCAUGCCUUCCUGCUGUCAAUCUCACCUUUGAUGGUAGCUUUGAAGACAGUUCUACCAAUGCAUUGCACAUUGAUGUUAAAAAGGUGGGACUCACAGAUUUAGGGACUGCCUACUUUGAUGGUGAUGGAUAUAUUACGCUGCCAACCACUGCAAACCUUGAUCUAGGUGAUAAGUUUUCAAUCCGGCUGAGAUAUCGACUUAAGACUAAAACAGAUCCAGGGCAGGUAAACAAAAUAAAUACAUUUUUAAAAUAUUCUCUAUACACUCCCAUCGUUUAUUUUUCUUAAAUUUUUUAAAUGAUGCAUUAAGGACCCAGGCAAUCAUAUGGCCUGAAAUAUAAAUUAACUAUCAUUUUUUUUCCAGAUUUUGACAAACAAUGAAUGGGGAUUUCAAAACUGGUUCAAAAAUGCUAGCAACCAAGGGGCCAAUAUCAACAUCAUUACAGGGAAUAAACAAGUCAAUCUUUCUGAUCCCGGGAAUAUUUCAGGUUUCUUUGCAUUUUGAGUCUCUGGGAAUGCCAAAAAAAGAACUAAUAAUUUGACGCUAAUUAAAAUUUUUGAAUGUAUGCACUUAAAAUAUUUAUCCCACAUUUUUCUCGCCAUAAAUUGAUAUUUUCCCUUGCACAAUUCUUAAAUGAAAAGUGGUCAAUUUAAUGUAAUAAAAGUUUUUGUGGGGUAAAUAAUUUUCAUGCACUUCAAAAAAACUACACCAAAAAGAUUAUUUGUAAUAUGAAGUGCAACGGUAAAUAAUGCCUCACCAAAUAUGUGCAUACUUUUAAAAUGUGAUGAUUAAUUCCAUUGUAUAAAGUAGUAACGGAAUAUUCUUGUUAUCUUGUCACUGUAACUAUUGGUCAUUUUAUGUUAAUUCAAGUUUAAUAAUUAAAAUAUUUUGGCUUUUACUCUAUAAGCACUUUUAAACUUCUUCUAAAUUUAAAUGUUUCUGAAAAACAGAAGUGCAAUUUAAAAUUAACUUUCUAUAUUAUAAAAAUUGUUAAUCUCUUUUCUCCCUGCCUAAGUGUAUUGGAUAUCGUAUUGGCCACACUUUAAAAACAUUAGCCAUGAAUUAAGCUUUUAAUCAUAACAUUAGGGGCCAUCCAUAAAUGUAACACAUUGCUUUGUCUAGGGGGUGGGAUUGCCACAAAUUCAUGAUGUGUGAUAAAAGUGUUUUAAUUUAUUUUACAACAUUUGUGACAUGGUGCUGGUGGCAUAAAAUCAAUCAAAAUAGAGUGAAGUCAUUUAUGGAUGGUCCCUUAUCCAAUAAACUAAUGUGAUCCAUGAGCUUAUUAGUUAUUAAAUUUUUAUUAACUAUCAGGAGCUGAGAGCAAACCUCUUGAAGUCAUAACAAUUACCAAAAAUGGAACUGUCCUGCGUGAUCCGCGCUACGACUUUACAAAAAAUGAGACUUGGGGAAACACUGGUCCAUCUGUUGUCCAUGUAGUUCAGUUGGGAAAAUUAGGAAAUAUUACUACCCCAACCAUCAAGAAUGGAAUCGUAUAUAUCCCUAAUGGACAAGGAAAGCUUUUGAUUCAAGAAUCAGAUGGACUGACUGCAGGUAGUAUCAAACAUAAAUGGAGUGUUCUUUCUGUCAAUCCAGAUGGCAAGACAGGCAAAUUAGAAGAAACUGGUCAAGGAGGUGUACCACAAAACAUUCAGGUACAAUCAAUAAACAAAAAAAUGGCUAUACAGAUAAUUGUUUCUAAAAGAGUAAAUAAAUUUUAUACACAGAAAUGAAUCUAUCUGUUUCACCAAGGCUAUUAAUUAGUUGUUUCAAUACCUGAUUUAAACUACUGAAUAAAGGUUAAGCAUGACCCAGCAUUCUUUUAUUGGCGCAAAUAUGUUUGUGGAGGUUUUACGACAAAAGUUUUGCAUCACAUUUCAGUUGUAAUUUCAAAUAUAAGUAUAAGUCGUUACAUUAAUAUUCAUAAUAAUUUACCUAUAUAAUAUUCCCAUGCAGCAAAAAUUUAACUUUGAUCUGAGGUCUCCAGUGCUGGAGAGAUGGUUUAUAAUGGCCCCAGGUGGAAUAGUGCUACAAAAAGGGGAAGGCCCUAUACCAGCUGAUGUGCUCAAUAGAUAUGCUGGAUUCUCCAUUGGAACUUUGGUCAAAGUUUUUGAUCGUGGUGACAGAACAGAAAGGUGAGUCAGUAAUCAGUAAAGAUGUCUUAAAGGUAUGAAAGCACACAUACGUUUGCAGUAGAUUCAACUGUAAGAGUUAAUAUUACUUCAUUUAAUGAAAUAGAAAUUGACAGAGGCCACAGAAGUAACACAUUUCAUUCUAGUUAUAGUUUGGAUGGUUGAGAAUUAAUGUAAAUUAUUUUUUGUUUCGCCCACCUUCUGAAUCAUGUUCUAUUAAAGUAUUUAAAGAGCAGCACUUUUAAACAAGAUGCUUGAAGUAUUUUAAAUAUCUCUUUUAAACUAACCUCACAGAUGGCAGAUCUCUAAGCCAGAUGGGUCUGAGCUUCAAGAAGGAUUUGGGGAAAUCCCCAAGACACUGAUCAAUGACUUAAAGCUGACCUCUGCCUUGACACCUCACCAGGUCACGUCAACCUGGUCAGUGAUUGCUCAAAAUGGGGAAGUCUUGGAAACGGGCAAAGGUAAAGAACUAAGGCCUGUAGUUGGGUUGUGAGACUUUUCUCUACUUCAGCAGGGUCAUGCUUAUAUCCAAAGCCCUUAUAUUUGUUGAGCUAUUAUACUGAAGGAAGUCUCCUGGGACUCUUGCUAGGAACUAAAUAACCAAACACUAUCAAUAAAGUAUACAAAGAGUGAAAUAAUUAAUCUUACUACUUAAGUCUUGGACAAUCACAGAUGCCUAUGUAGACUAUUUAACUAACAUUUUUGACAGCUCAUCCCACCUUAUGGGCUCAAAUGUUCAAUUUAAAAGUAAAACUAAAUGUUCAAUUCAAAAUUAAAACUACAUGAUCUAACAAUUUUUUCUUUAAAAGCAUAUAACGUCUUCACCCUCUCACUCAUCCUACCCAUUUCCUCAUUAUACAAUACCUCUUCACCUGCACUUUCUAUCAGGCACCAUCCCUUCAGAAACUGUCAAGACCUACAGCAGUGACCCGACCAUUACGGUGUUGAAAUCUACAAGCAGGGAUGGAGGGGCUCCAGUGUGGAAAAUAACAAGAGCAAAUGGUGUAGAGAUUGUUGAAGGAAUAGGGGCGCUGCCACAGGGCAUUGCUCAGUUUGUCAAGGGCAGCAUUUUGUUACCGCAGGUAGGACCAAGUGCCUCCCAUUAUCUUCAGUGGUGACAAAUAUCAUUCUGGAGUGCUUUUUAAAACUUAAUUUUCAACCCCUCAUAUGUUUUAAUAACUGAUACAAAUAGCAGUUAGAACUCCAAAAUCAUUAAAUGAAUUGAGGAGCUAUUUUAAGCAAGUAGAACUGAACCUCAACACCGGCUUCAAAAUACAUAUUCAAUGAAUAAAGACCACAAUGAACAUACUACACACAGAAUCAUUAAAUAUGCAUUCAACUGUAGGUUCAUUUAACUUCAAAUGUUAAAAAGUCUUUGCCUUUUCCUCUUGAAAUAUAACCUGCUCUCUCUGAGGAAAAUGUCAUUACAUGCUUGCAACCAUCCCCUGUUCUGAUGUUCAUUACCUUUUAUCCAAUCGGCUUUUCUUUGCAUGUUGCGCAUCACCACGUCUGAUGUUCAUUAUCCUUUGCACAAAUCUUCUAAUAUCAAUCUAACUUUUCAGAUUUUCUUUUGUUCUGGUCAAAUAUCCUUACGUACUUUAGUCGAUGUGGUGAAAUGACUUCUAUUGGUAGAUAACCAUGCCCAUAACUCCCUCAUGCUCGUGUCUAAGGGUUUUAUGUUUGCUCAUAUUCACUCACACUCACAGGGACUUAAUUAUAAAAUCAUGUUCACUUGUCCCUUGUCACAGAUGAGAUGGUGGUGUAAGGUAUGGCCCGUUGCUUACCAAGUAGUAUUGGUGUUGGUUAAUGCUGGGCUGCUUCUCACUGUGAUAGUUCAGUAAUCCAGACGUUGAGGAAUACCAAGCAGAAAAAACAAACCUCAAUUAAUGACUAAGAAAUUCCUCAGUAACAGUCAUAAACAAAAAAAUGUAUUGAUAGAUCUAAUAUGGUCAAGUAAUGCUUCUUUUCCAACUGUUAACAUCCAUUAAUCUCCAAUGCUUAAAAACCCCAAAACAUUACUCCACUUCCUCCGGAAAUCGCACCCGAGCUCAUUUAUCAUUAAAUAAGCGUGGUGCCUCAUAACGGGAAGUUCCAAACAAAAUGCAUUAUAAAUUACAUGAAGUUGAAGAGGCAAUGGAGCGCCGUUGUUAAACCCCACCUCAGUCCAUUUGUGACAUAUGUCCGCCAUCAAGAAAUUUUCAAAUUUACCUAAACAAAUGACUACUCCAUUACUAAUACCCUUCCUACUGCGCCGCCUAGUCUCGUAUCGACUACUCUAAACUUCGUCAAAAAUAUCAUCAGUUAUAGACAUGGUAAUCAAUAAUAAAACAAAAUAAUGUUACCAUAAAAUAGCAUACACAAUACAAUCUUUGAGACUACAGUAUAUUCGUGAACAUCUGCUUCAUCUUAGAUUAAUAAAUCUGUUUCCUUCAUCCACCAAGUAUAGAAAAAUAAUUAAAAAUAUAGUUUAAAGUUGACUCUCGCCAUAAUAUAAAUCUCAGAAAACACAGUAAUUUAACAGCAAAGUCUACUUAGAAAGUCUGCCUCUCCAUUAUUUGCCCUAGCAAUGGAGUGCAGACAAAAACUGUAGCUCUGUAGAAAAUUAGCCCAUCUCAUGAUCCUGGCAUUCACGAAUCAGGCCGUGCUAAUGUACUGAAAUGGCUGAUGGUCAGUUUGUAGAAUGAAUUGCUUUCCGUAAAGAUAUAGUUCAAAUUUCUUUAUGGCCCACACUUUCGCCAGACACUCCUUCUUGAUCGUAGAAUACCUGGUCUCUCUUUCCAAUAGCUUCUUGCUAGCAAAAGUAAUGGGAUGAAGUACCCCAUCGUCACCUUUUUGAAGCAGGGCAGCUCUAAGUCCCACAUUUGAUGCAUAGGCCCUCAAAACAAAUGAUUUAUCUAUAUUGGGGAUGUGUAGGAUUGGACGUGUGGUGAUUGCUUCUUUCAGGGCAUCAUAUGCUUUUUCCUGGUCCUCUCCCCAUUUUAAUUUGCCUGGUUGACCCCUUUUAGUUAGAGCCAUCAAUGGGGAUGCAAGGGUCGCAUUGUUUGGUAUGAAGUUCCUGUAGUACCCAGUGAGACCAAGGAAGGAACAGAUCUUGUUAACUUUGUCUUCCUGUAGCCCCAGUGUUCCCAGUGAUAGUUUGUGUCCCACAAAGUCCACCUCGACAGCCUCACAUAUGCAUUUGGUGGGCCUCUUCUAGUUGCUUGUGUGCCUCCUGGAUGUGGAGAUCUUUGUCCCACACAACAGCAGCUCCACCUUUGUCAGCUGGUUUGAUGAUGAUAUCUUUUUGACUGCGUAGCUUAGAGAGUGCCUGUGAUUCACAUUUAGAAAGAUUAGAUUUCCGGAGUGAAGGCAAAGGGAGGUUCUUGAUGUCAUGUUCCGUGCUCCUUAUGUACAGGUCUAAAGCUUUGAAUUGGUUAGAUGGUGGUGUCCACUUGGAUUUGCUUUCUCUUUGAAACGGGAAUAGCUCGAGGUUGGUAUUUUUCCCAGCAAAGUGCAACUGAAGUCUCAAGGAACAAAAAUAGCGGUGGGAAUCCGACAGUAGUUGGUAGCAAUCACAAGAUGGUUUCAGUUGAAUAAAUUUGAGACCCUUAGAAAGUAGCGACCUUUCGUCAUCAGAGAGUUGGAGGUCAGGUGGGAUGCAAACGACUAAGUUGUUGCCAGUGACAGUAUGAUGAGGCGUUUAGUUUUUUAUGGAUUUAAAUGUUGAAACUAUCACAUUGCUAAGUUACUUCACAAGGAAGAUAAUUAAAUAAGCAGAGGCAACCAUCAAGGUUAGUUUAAAGUUUUAUUUCAUGAGAUCAACAUGGAGCCCGACUAGACAGCAUAAAUAACGUGGUGUGCAAAACAAUGUAUAAUUAAUAGUUAGUAUUUCGUCGUUUUCAAACACCCCUUUUCAAACACUAAAUGAAAUUAAUUCAUUGGUUUCACACCAAUCAUGUCUUUAAGUAUCAUGAAUCUCUGCCGAGACAAUCCCUUAGUAUCAUUUCUUCUGUUCUACAAUCUUUGAGAGUCCCAGUCUUGUUUUCAACCUUUUCCUUGAUCAAGUGGUAUUUUACAUCCCCAAUGUUUUGCUCUACCAGGGAACUUCAAAUUAUUAGCCAAAGCGAUGGCUGACUGAUUGUCCUCAAAUAUAACGGUGGUAACAUUUUGGUUACACCUCAAUUUCAGAUGUAAGUUGUCUCAGCCAAAGCGGCUCCAGUGUUGCAUUUGAAAGUGCCAUAUAUUCAGCUUCUGCUGUGGACAAUGCCACACAUGAUUCUUUCUUAUGUCUCCAACUUAUUGGUCCACUACCCAUAUGGAACACAUAGCCAGAUGUAGACUUUGGAUCAUCAAUGUCACCUGCCCAAUCCGCAUCACAAUAACCGACAGUCAGUAGAUCCACGGUUUUGAAACACAAUAGCAUAAUUCGACAUACCCUUGAGGUAUCUUAGAAUUUGUUUUACCGCCAUCCAGUGUUGUUCUGAUGGAUAAGCACAACAUUUUGCUACAUUACCCACAGUGUAAGUAAUAACAUUCCGUACCCCAGAAAAAUGCAUUUCUGUGUUUUUGAAUAAAACUUAAGUCUUUCAUCUUUAGGAAUUGUUGCAUACGCAACACAUCCAAACGCUUUUAGUUGAUCGACACUCAAAUGGUGUAGUACCUUGAAGAACCUUAACAGAACUUCGAUUCUGCAGAUAUAAGCUGUUGACACUGCUUCUGCCCAGAAUUUUCAUGGUAGCUGUGCUUCAGCCAGCAUGGAACCUGCUGCUUCCACAGUAGUCCUGUUCUUCCUCUCUGCUACUCCAUUCUGUUCUGGUGAUUUUGGAACAGUCAGUUCAUGACAGAUUCCCUCUUUCUUUAAAUAACAUUCAAAUUCAUUUGAAGUUAACUCUCCUCCGUUAUUGGUGCGUAGGGCCUUAAGAUUAUUUCCAGCUGACUUCUCAACCAUUACUUUCAAUUCAAGGAAACACUUAAAGACCUCAUCCUUGUGCUUUAGGAUAUAAACCUAAGUAUAUCGACCGCAACCGUCAAUAAAAGUAAGGAACUAUUGAGCCCCACCAAGUGAUUGUGUGCUGACCUUACAGCACACAUCACUGUGAACCAGGUCAAGUAUCCUACUGCUUACUUUUCCACUUGACGGAAACUUGGUCCUGUGAUGUUUGCCCUUUGCACGUGGUUCACACUGUUUCCUAUUUGACUGCUCAUCAUACUUAAGUCCGUCAACUAGAUCUCCUACAGCCAACUUCCUGAGAUUUUGAAAACUUAGGUGUUCAUAGCACAGUUGCCACAGUUCCUCACUUGUUUCUUUACCUCCUUCUGCUAUAUUACAUUGAUGUUCAUUUGCAUAAUGACACAACUGGUACAGACCAAGUGACCGCACUCCCUUUGCCAUAAGUUUACCGUUAUCUUUUAUUUCUCACCUUUGUUAUUGAAUUGAACUGUUUUUCCAGUCUCACUUGCAUGGUCAACACUGAAGAAAUGAUACUUGAGUUCAGGCACAUAAAGCACACCAUUCAACGUACAUUCUUUGUGUUUAUUACCAGGGAACUUCAAUUUUAGUUUGACAAUACCACAGGCAUGUGCUGUCAGAUUCAAUCCAUCACCAAGUCCUAUAUUUAGAGGCUCUUCCAAGUUUGACAACUGGAUAAAUUAGAUUUCCUGCAACAAAUUUGAUGUGUUGCUCCUGAAUGAACCAUCCAAGUUGUGGCACCAUUGACUGUAGUUAAAUUGAUGCUGUAAAACUUUGCACACAACUGUAUGAUUUUGCACACGAACCAGCAAACCUCAGAGGGACACCCGUUUUCAACUACAAAUGUGCAAAAGAUCUUUCUUUUCAAUACCGUACUAGGAAUUCUCCCGUAAAGAAACCCGUUUCCAAAUAUAAUUUACAGUUUAAAUGCCCAACAUAUCUUCAUUGUCAAUACCGUGCUAGGAAUACGUGGGAGUUUGGAGAGAUGAAACGCAUUUGACAAACAUCAUGGGCGCGUUAUAAAUGCGGGAGUUUCAGUACAGCCGUGUUGAGCGAUUACUGUAUUUGGUAAACUUAGUUAAAAUAGGAUUACAUUUUUAUUUCAUCAUCAUCAUCAUCGCCUGUCGUCCCGUCUGGGGCAUAGGCCACAAACAAAGGCUCUCCAGGCAUCCCGGUCUUGGGCAAGUCUCUCCAACUGUCCCCAGUUGUGCCCACUCUUUUUGAUGUCUGCCUCCAGUUCCCUUCUCCAAGUUGUUUUGGGUCGACCUCUGUUUCUCUUACCCUGGGGGUUCCAAGUCAGGGCUUGUCUCGUGAUACUUGAUGCGGGCUUUCUGAGGGUGUGGCCAAUCCAUCUCCAUCUGCGCUGGCAGAUUAACUCUUCCACUGGUUCUUGUUGUGUGCGCCGCCAGAGAUCCUCGUUGGUGACGACGGUGGGCCAGCGGAUUCGUAAAAUCGUUCGGAGACAUGAGUUGAUAAAGGUCUGUAGCUUUUUUGAACCAGCUGCUGUUGUUCGCCAUGUUUCUGCCCCAUAUAGCAAGACAGGUUUCACUGUGGUGUUGAAUACCUUGACCUUGGUCUGGAGGGUCAAAUUGCUGCAGCUCCAGACCUUUUUUAGCUGGUUAAAUGCCGCUCUUGCCUUACCAACUCUCACUCUUAUGUCGGCGUCUGUCCCUCCUUGUAUGUCAAUGAUGCUGCCGAGGUAUGUAAAGCUAUCCACCUCCUCAAGGUUUGUUCCUUCCAGUGCUAUAGGUGUGUUGCUUGAUGUAUUUAUUUUAAGGACUUUGCUUUUUCCUCUGUGGAUGUUCAGGCCGAUGCAAGCAGAGUACUGUGCUACAUAAUUGGUUUUCUCUUGCAUCUGUUGCUGUGUGUGUGAUACUAGGGCCAGAUCAUCCGCAAAAUCCAGGUCAUCAAGUUGUUUCCAUAGUGUCCACUGAAUACCAUUUCUCUUCUGCUCUGUAGACAUUUUCAUUAUCCAAUCAAUGGUCAGCAGGAAUAGGAAAGGCGAGAGCAGACACCCCUGUCUGACACCGGUCUGUACCUCAAAAGCCGCCGUUGUUUGCUGGCCGUGGACAAUUCUGCACGAUAGUCCUUCGUAAGAAGCCUUAAUUAUGUCUGUCAAUUUUUGUGGUACCCCGUAGUGUCUAAGCAGCUUCCACAGAGUCUGUCUGUCGACACUGUCAAAAGCCUUCUCAUAGUCAAUGAAGUUGACGUAUAGUGACGAGUUCCACUCCAGAGAUUGUUCCACAAUAAUUCUCAGUGUGGCAAUCUGGUCUAUGCAGGAUCUGUCUUUUCUGAACCCUGCUUGUUGGUCCCUAAGAUUGAUGUCUAUUGCCUCCCUCAUUCUGUUUAGCAGCAUUCUGUUGAAUACUUUGCUUGGGAUCGACAGCAGGGUUAUUCCCCUAUAGUUAGAACAAGAACUAAGGUCUCCUUUCUUCGGGAGCUUAACGAGGUGUCCUUCUUUCCAUUCAGCCGGUAUCUGUUCCUCCUCCCAUAUUUUCUUGAAUAGUGUGUGUAGCAUUUCAGUGCUAGACGUAAUAUCUGCUGUCAAGGCUUCUGUCGGUAUUCUGUCAGGACCUGCCGCCUUGCCUUUCUUUAGUUGUUUAAUUGCUCUGCAUAUUUCUUGCUUUGUGGGUGUGCUGCACUCUAUUUCUAGAUUUUUUUCCGCUGGCUCUAUGUUGAGUGUGUGUUGUGGUGCUGGCCGGUUGAGGAGUUCUUCAAAAUGUUCUAUCCAUCUUUUUUUCUGACCCUCUUCAUCAGGUAUUGAUUUCCCAUCUUUAGUUUUAACUGGUCUCACUGGAUUGUUGAACUUUCCAGAUAACUUUUUGAUUGUACUGAAUAAUUCUCUUGUGUUUCCAUGGUACGCAGCCUCCUCUGCUUCACUUGCUAAUCCUUCUAUGUAGUUCUUUUUAUCUGUCCUUAUACUACGUUUAACUUCUUUAUUUGCUUCUGAGUAUUCUGUUGAUGCUCUGGCCUUUUCGGUUCUGGUGCGGCUAUUGUUUAGAUUUGCCUUCUUCUUUCUCCUAUAUUGGAUUUUUUCCAUGGUUUCAGCCGAAAUCCAUUCUUUAUGCGUUUGUUGCCUAGGGCCCAACACUUCUUCACAGGUAGUCGUGAAUAUCUCUUUGAUUUCUUUCCAGUUUUUGUCAAUUGUUUCUUCAUUGCCUAGUUCCUGUAAGAUCUGGAACUUAUUGGAGAUGGUAAGUUUAAACUCCUUUAGCUUGGACUCAUCUUUCAAGAGGUUGAUGUUAAAAUGUUGGCGCUUGCUUCCCUCGCUUGUCCAGUUCUUUUUCAGUUUCAGCCUUAAUUUGGCAAUAAUUAGAUGAUGGUCUGAGGCUACAUCUGCCCCUCUUUUUACCCUAACAUCUUGGAGCGACCGUCUAAACUUAUUGCAAAUACAGAAAUGGUCAAUUUGGUUAGCCGUUGACAUAUCUGGUGAAAUCCAUGUGGCCUUGUGGAUAUUUCUAUGCAUGAAGAGGCUUCCUCCGAUGACUAGUCCAAUUGUAGCACAUAGAUCUGCUAGUCUUUCACCAUUUUCAUUCAUCUCUCCCAUACCAUGUGUUCCCAUGCAUUCUUCAUAGCCUUUAUUGUUGCUGCCUAUUUUCGCAUUUAGGUCGCCCAUGAGUAUAACCAUAUUGCUCUUAGGACACCUUUGGACCAGGGUUCGCAGUCUGUUGUAGAAAUCCUCUUUGUCCUCUUCUUUACUAUCGUUGGUAGGAGCGUACACCUGUAGGAUGUCCAUAUUGAUUUUUCGUUUUUUGGUCUUAAAUCUUGCCGUGAUUAUACGGGAACCAUGCGCUUCCCACCCUAUAAGUGCGUUCUGGGCAGUUCUGGAAAGCAUGAGUGCCACUCCUUGGUUGUGCGCCGCAUUUUCAUCUUCGUGGCCUGAAUAUAGCAGCAGUUCCCCUGUGUUGAGCUUUAUCUGACCUGAGCCUAUCCAUCGAGACUCACUUAUUCCCAAGAUGGCUAGUUUGUAUCUCUGCAUUUCAGCAGCAACUUGGACAGUUUUUCCAGUUUGGAACAUGGUCCUUACGUUCCAUGUUCCUAGACUGGUGGUGGUCCUAGUGGAGAGGAUGGUUGUCCGCCGGUUGGUUUCCAGUUGGCUUUGGCCACCCAGCUUCAUUAAUUCUCUGUUAGGAGACUCAUCCUUUCCAAGGUCCGAGCUUCCUUUUGAAAUCUUUCUUUGUGUAUUUGUAGCAGGGCCUUUUUUUACAGGGAAGGAUUGCUAGCCCUCGCCCAACCCUCCUCCUUUCUCACCCGGGCUUGGGACCGGCUACGGCGGAGUUACAUUUUUAUUUUUAUUUAAUUUACAUCAAUUUAAUUAUCUCCAACUUUCGAUGUCGUGAAGAAUUAUUUGGAUUCAUUUCUAUUGGCCGAUAGAUUUGAGGUUUUAAGUUGAGGUAAUUGCAAACCUCCGUCUUCCCUUACCACCGCACUUGGUUUGAUUACUUGGAGAUGCACAAAUGACUUGUCUUAACUAAUCGUACCAAUAUCUAUUUGGUAGAUUUACAUGCAACUUUGUAAUGGUUAAAAAACAUGUUAGUGAUGAUAUAAAGCAAGCAAGACCUUGGAGUUAAGCAUCGGUGAGCCAAGCGUGUCCCAGAUGUCUGUUUGAUCGGCUAGCCGGUUCAUUAAUCGCCUCACCCCGUCUCUCGUUGUUGAUCCCCACACCCCAACUUACCCACAAGGCUAUAAUGGUCAUAGGCAGUGCAGUGCUCCAACUGCUAAACCAUAUUUUAACAAACUUUUUUUUCUUCCCCUAACAGAUAGCCACAGUCAAUGGGUGGAAAGUCAAACUCCCCAAUGGUGACAUCAGAUCCGGAGAUGGGCCAAUCCCGCAGAGUAUUUUGGACCUUUUCACCAAGCAUUAUUCAUCCCCUGCCAACAAGGUAAAUAUCCUUAUUUACACAGGCCUCCUAUUAUACCAUUUAUAGAAUUAUAAAUGAAAGCAUUUCUUUAAAAUAUCCCCAACAAAGGUGAUGCUUUCAUGACUUUUGAAGCUGACUGCUUCUAUUGUAAUGGUAUCAUUAUUCAUCUUAUCUAUAUACUUAUAAAUAAUAAUAAUAUCAAUCAAUAUAAUUCUAUAUGGAGGCUCAUGUAUAGAAUAAUGGUGGGUUAAAUAGCUUGCAAAAUAAAAUCCCGAUAACUGCGCUGAAUGAGUGUCUUAAUAAUACCGCUAGUGCCGUUUGGUGUCUAAUAUUUUCGUUUUUUUAACGGAAAUAGUCUCAAAUUAAAUAAGAUGUGAUAAAUUUGCGGUAUAAAAGUAGGAGGGACAUUAUAAUAUUAAGUUAUAAGCCGCCCCCCCCCCCCAAAAAAAAACAAAAAACAAAAAACAAACAAACAAAACAAGGCGGGGGUAGUUCGUAAACGUCACAUCUUUUCAAAUCAUUUGACGAAACACACAUUCAAGUGACGCCCUUUAUAAAAANAAAACCAGGCGGGGGUAGUUCGUAAACGUUACAUCUUUUCAAAUCAUUUGACCAAACACACAUUCAAGUGACCCCCUUUAUAAAAAUCCCAAAUAGUGCUUCCCCCCCCCCCUCCCCCAAUUCCCCAACCCUGUAAGCAACGGCACUUUUUUUUCCCACGCCCCUGAACUACAUUAAACUUAAAAUACUUGUGUUUUUCAAAUAAUAUUUUCAUUCAACGUCAUCUCAGAAGGCCUGCUGUUAUUAGCGUGAUCAGAAUUUCUUGUGAUCAAAAGAGUUUUCUGAGAGUGACCAACUGGUUUAUCUUUCUUUUUGACAGUAAACUAUUCGUUGAUUGGCAAAUCCUAUAAAACAUUGAUACACCUAUUGAUCUUACAGGUAGCCGAUACAAACAACCAGGUGCAGACGGCCGGUACAAACAAUCCGGUGGUGGUCAGCAAGUGGUCAGUUACUCUACCGGACGGCACCGUGCGAAGUGGUUUCGGAGAGAUGCCGGCCGAACUGAAGAAUGCCAUUAAGAGCCAGGGUCAGCGAUGGGAAGUCACGCUUGGUGAUGGCACUGUCAGGUCCGGGGAGGGGAAUGUACCCGUUGACCUCCUGAACUCACCGGUCGGACGAGGAACUUCCGCUUCAAGCACUGGAUCAAAUCAAGGUAGUGCAAGUAGUUAGUCUAGGAGGCAGUGGUGUUGCUAUGGUUACUGCCGUGCGGGGCCUGCGGAUAUUUUUGCUGCCCUCCCUACGAAAAAAACCUCUUUAGUUACCGUAAAAUCCCGUCCCUCACAAUAUUGAAACAAUACUGAGAUUGCCUCACCCUUCCUACACUAGUGCCAGGAAGUAAAUUGCCCUGUAAUCAAAUCAAAGUAGUCGUGUAUGUACUGAGUUCAAUACUAAGAUGUAACUGGUUUAAUCAUUUUUUUUCAUCAAAACAAGGCAAUAAGUGACAGCAGUUGGUGCAGAAACUACCUCGUUCGGUAGAUCAGUCAAAUAGAGUUUGAGAAUGCACGCCGAUACUAUAGUGUCUGUGAAAAGAAGAACUUCAAGGGCUGUCGAGUUUUAAGUGGCUUAUGAUGUUUUGGUGCGACUGGGUGUGGCUUGUUUCUGGGUGGACUUGUUUAUGGGUGGGACUUGUUUCUGGGUGUCCUUUGUUUCUGGGUGUGAUUUGUUUCUGGGUGGGACUUGUUUCUGGGUGUGAUUUGUUUCUGGGUGUGACUUGUUUCUGGGUGUGACUUGUUUCUGGGUGUGAUUUGUUUCUGGGUGUGACUUGUUUCGUUAAUUUGUCAGGGUGCAUUUUGACAUCUUCUUGCUAAGAAAGUCAUGUGUUUUGUUAUGUCAAACCGAAAGCAUAAUUAGACUAUUUAUCCUUUAGAAAAAAGAUGGUCGCUGACGAUGCCAGAUGGGACCGUGAAAUCUGGCCAGGGAGAUGUGCCACUUGAGCUCCAAAAACGUCUGCAGGAGUCGGGGGCGAAGCAACAAUGGGAGAUCACUCUCCCGGAUGGAAAAGUACAGAGGGGCUCUGGUCCCAUUCCAGAACACCUUCGUCAAUUCUUGGGUAAAUCAUUUGUCAAAUUAUGAAAGAGGCUACUUACACGUUUAAAUUACAAGUUAUACUUUAUUUACUUUUUUUUUUUUUUUUAAAAAAACAUUAUUUAUAGUAAUUAAUUAAAUGCUAAACAAAUAUUUUAAAAUUUGUCAGAGCUAGUCAUUCUAAACAAGAAAAUGUCAUCACUGGAGCUCACAAGCCAGUGUUAAAAUGCAGAUGGUCGUUCAUAAAAAAAAAUAUGUUUUCUCUAAAUACAUGUAGUUUGAAACAAUCUAUGCAUGAUUGCAGCUAUUUCUAAUGAAUAAAAUGGAAUAGGGAAAAGAACUAUUUAUCAACCCGUUAAUACUUUUAUGACGUUCGAACUACUGUAGGAACAAUUUCUAACUUUAAGUUGUAAUUAAUUUAAAAUUGCUGUAUUAUUUGAAUGUCGUAUUUUGAAACCAUGUACCUAUUAAACUUGAAUAACACAUUAACUUUUCAAAUCUAUAGUUUGGCAUUUAAAAUAUAUCAUGUUGCCCAGUCGCCUCUUUGCUCCUGAGGACCCCAAGUCGCCUCUCUGCCUCUGAGGUUGCCCAGUCGCCACUUUGCCCCUGAGGUUGCUUAGUCGCCUCUCUGCCUCUUAAGUUGCCCAGUCGCCUCUCUGCCUCUAAAGCUGUCCAGUCGCCUCUCUGCCUCUAAAGUUGCCCAGACGCCUCUCUGCCUCUGAGAAGCCCUACAUUUAGCUCAAACAGACAGUAAAAUUGUAUUUGCUUAUCCUAAAAGUGGGGAGAAAAAAAAAAACAUAUUUAAAAAAAUUGAUAUUCUGGUUGAAGGUGGAAGGCGCAGGCGAAGGGCAGCAGUGCAUACCGUGACAUCAUCCGAUCUCCUCAGCAACUGUGGCACAGACCCGUCGGUGACGCCAUCACUGCACUUGGUGGCAUCCGACAGUGACAUCACAAUGACAGUUGUCACAUCACAGUCUCCUAACGGCGUGACGGUUAGCUUACCAGUGGUAAGUGUCGACCAAAGGGAGUGGGGGGGGGGGACAAAAAGAAAGGGGCGGGGAUUUGUCGCAGGUUCACCAUCACUGCCAGAUCGUCUGUAGGGGCAUGAUAAAAGCCAGUGACCUUCAAAUGUCAUCCAAUCAAACUUUGGCUUGUUUUUGUGAACUGGGACUGACAAACCUAAUUUCCUCUUUCACCAGUUGUAGAGUGUUUUACCUUAAACAUAUAAAUAGAGUUGAAACCUAAUUCUAUGGUGUGCAGUGAUGUGUGCCUGACCUGGUGUAUUUAAGUUUAUACAAGAUGCACUCCUUCAGUAUCCUAAUACCACCAAAUGGUUCUUUGUUAAUUCCAGCACGAUGCUAUGAAUGAUGUCCUGUUCCAGUACGAUGGUAGCCACCUCAGUGGCAUCGUCAACGGUUAUAUCAGGAAACUGCCCUUGUCUGGUAAGGCACCGUUGUAAGGCACCGUUGUAAGGCACCGUUGUAAGGCACCGUUGUAAGGAACCGUUGUAAGGCACAGUUGUAAGGCACCGUUGUAAGGCACCGUUGUAAGGCACUGUCUUGCUGAUAUGUUGUACUGUGCCUUUGUAUAUUAAUUGUACAUAUAUGCAUUAGUACAUAUAUUAUAUCCAUCGUAGGCCAACAUAUCACAUGUGCAAUCUGAUCAAACACUUUGGUGUCAAUCGUACAAGAGUGUAUGUGUAUGGCUCCGAUGAUUACAAUGUGUUUAACUGAAUAAAACUAAAGUCAUUUCAACAUUUCCAGGCACCGUGGUGAAGAUGCCCUCACCUUUGACCCUGGGCCAGUGCUUGUUUAGAGACAGAAAUCACUUCAUUGGUCAAAUAGAUUUGGUGAGUCUUUUCUUUUACAGUGUUGGGUAGAUAAUGUUACAAUUAAACGUGACAGAGAUCUAUGGCGGGUAACGAUAGCAUAUUGGUCAGUCCAAUAUGGUCAGUCCAAUAUGGUCUGUCCAAUAUGGUCAGUCCAAUAUGGUCAGUCCAAUAAUAUGGUCAGUCCAAUAUGGUCAGUCCAAUAUGGUCAGUCCAAUAUGGUCAGUCCAAUAUGGUCAGUCCAAUAUGGUCAGUUCAAUACCCUUUGUUUUCAUAGAACACUUUUGUGUGUGUAGAUGUGGGGGUAAAGUGGAAAAAAAACUAUUUCAUAUCCCACACCAAGAUGUACACAGCUGUACCCGGUACUAAAGUGCACAUAUGUUUAAGGAUUUCCUCAUAAAUGAAAUAGGUACACAAGGCAAAGUAAGCCUCUGGCAAGUCAACUCAUGGACACUUAAAAAAGCAGUUGAAGUGAGGGAAAUAAAAACAAUGUCUAAUUAGGUCAUCAUUUUGCCAAUAAUUACACCAUUAAGCCAUUAAGAUUGAACCAGUUUUACCGGACACAUUUCUGUGUUUCAGUUUGAACUGCACGCGUGUUUGCCUUGAGGAAAUGUUUAGCAGAGUUCAAGUUCUACGUCACAUUUUAAGAAGACAACUAUUGUAAGCAUUGAAUCAGACACAAACAAAAAUUAUAAUUUAUUUCAUUUUCAAAGACGUUUAGAUCAUUUGUUGAAUUCUGAAUAAAAAAA